GGUUUCGAAGAAUCUCAUACUUUCUGCCGAGAUUGUUGAGCAAGUGACGUCGGAAGUGUUAUGCAGCUGGGAAAGAGAUUUAAGGGAAAUUUUGUGGAAAUCGGACAGGAUAGAGCAUUUCUGCCGUCACUCAUGUAGAUUCGGUUUAAUGCUGGCUAAGUAGAUCCACAGUUAGAUGCCCGAAUUCUCAACGACUCUCACAAAGCAGCAUGGUUGAGUUCUCUCGGGUACUGGUGUAUGUACAUACCUUAGGGUUUGUCCUGUACUGGGUAUCCAGUCCUGUCGUAGCCAACUCAAACAGCUGGGAUGCACACGACGCGGAAGAGGAAGAUGGUUUUACAAAUCCUCUUCACCCGACAUACUACAGGGAGCUUGAUGAGGACAACCCUCUCUUUAAAGUGGAGCAUCAAGGGGCUGUGCUUAGAAAACAUGUCCAGACUUUGAAAAACACAGAUAAUAAGCAGGUAGAGGUGGUGUUUUUAGUAGACAGCUCUGCCAGUGUAGGAGCGAACAAUUUUCGCGACGAAUUAAAGUUUGUCAAGAAACUCUUAUCGGAUUUUACUGUAGACGAGAACAACACGAGAGUGUCUCUGGUAACAUUUUCUUCUCGGUCCAAAGUGAUACGCCAUGUGGACUACAUUAGUCGACCGUCCAGAGAUCAGCACAAAUGUUCCCUGCUACAAGACGACCUGCCGAAGAUCCGGUACACUGGAGGUGGCACUUACACACUUGGAGCAUUUCGAGAAGCUAAGAAAGUCCUGCGACACGCCCGGCCAACUGCAACAAAAGCGGUAUUUCUAAUAACAGAUGGAUUCUCCAACGGUGGCGAUCCCAGACCGGAAGCACGAGCUCUGAGGGAAAAGGGAGUCAAAAUAUUUACGUUUGGGAUACGAAAUGGAAAUGUUAAAGAACUGCAUCAUAUGGCGUCGGACCCCAAAAAUGAGACGUGUUAUAUUCUGGAUAGCUUCGAGGAAUUCGAGGCGAUGGCAAGAAGAGCUCUCCAUGAAGAUCUUCACUCAGGACGUUACUUGUUCGAGAAACGGCGAAAAUGUGGUCGUUUGUGUGAAGAGGGCACUAUGUGCUGUGACGAAAGAGCGAACUGCAUGUGUGGGACGUACACUGGCCAGUACCAGUGUGUGUGUCCCGCGGGUCAUUAUGGCAGCGGGCUCGUUGGCGAUUGCAUACCUUGCCCAUCGGGCACAUACAAGCCAAGAAGUAUUCCUGGAUCCGACGUCACGUGUCUACCGUGCCCAGAUGAAAAUCAUAUCACCGAACCAGGUAGCACCAACUUAAAGCAGUGCACCUGCAAGACAGGAUUCAGGAGUGUUGAUAAUCACAAAUGUGCAGUGCUUCAGUGCCCUGUCUUAUCUCCUCCCGACAACGGCUACUUUGUUCAAGACCAGUGCGACAGUGUAUUUAACGCCGCAUGCGGCAUACGGUGUCAUCCAGGUUACGAGCUCCACGGCAGCAGCUUGAGAAUUUGUUUGGAAAACGGCAGCUGGACUGGGACUAAACCAGAAUGCAGGAUGAAAACAUGUCCACCUUUAGUAUCACCAAAGAAUGGAAACAUGAUAUGCACUCGAGACGACUUCUCGUACAAAACCAUCUGCAGAUUUACAUGUGACGAAGGCUACAAGCUGGUUGGAUCAAGAAAACGUAGUUGUCUGGCCAUUGCAUUCUGGACGGGGAUUACUACACGAUGUAGAGAAAUUACUUGCCAGCCACUGCCAAAGAUUAAAGAUGGGAAAGUUCUUCCUGAGCGAUGCACAGAUAAGGAGGUCUGGUUUGGGAUCACUUGUCACAUGAGCUGUCACCUUGGUUAUACACUUGUCGGGCCACAUACAAAACUAUGCACUCCUGAGGGAACCUGGACACCAGAGUCUGGCGAUCACCUUAAUGAAUGUGUGGACACACGUGAACCGCUGUUGUUUUGUCCUCCCGAUAUAGAGACGGAGUCAGACGCUGAGCAAGACUCAGCCCUGAUCACUUGGCAAAGCCCAGUUGCGAUUGAUAACUCUGGGUACAUUCCAAGUAUAUCUGCAGAACCAGCAGUUAUUUCCCCUUCCCCGUUUCCAAUAGGUGUUACCAAUGUCAACUACACUGCUGAAGACUUAAACAAGAACCAGGCAUCUUGUUCUUUCACUGUCCGUGUCAUAGACAAGGAACCUCCACGAAUAGAUCGUUGUGUGUCUCCACCGACGUUCAUUACAAAGGCUCAGUAUGCAAAUGUGACUUGGGAUGAACCAAUCUUCAGUGACAAUUCUCAAGAGGAGGUGACUGUGACGAGUUCCCAUGAACCGGGGCCUUUUCCACACGGUGAGGUCUCAGUGGUGUUUGUGGCCGUUGACAGUUCUGGAAACAACAACACAUGUACUCUGACUAUUGAAGUAAAAGAGCACAAAUGCGUGUUGCCAAAGCCUCCAGUGAAUGGUAACCGUACGUGUCAAGAGGACAGUUUUGGUGUGAAGUGUAGGCUGUCCUGUAUGAAGGGUUAUGACUUUGCCAUGCCUGCUGCAGAUGAGUAUUUCUGCAAGUUUGAAGAUGGAAUGUGGCUGCCAGAAGACAAAUUGCCAUUCCAGACUGCUCAGGGCUACUACACUGAAGGCCCGGUGGAAAGGAUAUGCCUUGCAAACGGGGACUUGGAUAAUCCUAUACCAGUGUGUGAAAUUGUUAAGUGUAACCGACCAUUGAAUCUCCGUAAUGGCGGUUAUGAUGGCUUUGUGCUAGAUUACAACACCACAUGGACAGCAACAUGCCUGGAAUGGGUACUUGCUUAUAGUGUCACAAAGGCUACAUCCUUGAAAGGCCCUCAGUACAGGUGGUGCUCAGAAAAUGGCACCUGGACAGGUGAAGUUCCAUUCUGUGACAUUGUCUAUUGCCCCCCACCACAACCCAUUCUUAGUGGAUUUGUAGAAUGGGAUAACUUCACAUACCAGUCUGAACUACGCUACUCCUGUAUUGAUGGAUACAGGCUUAUGGGACCUUUGCGCAGGAGGUGCUUGCACUUAGGAAUUUGGUCAAAGGAAGAACCAACAUGCCAGAUGAUUGACUGUGGUGUACUUCAUCCUCCUGUAAAUGUCAAGUGCGAACAUGUCAGUUCAAUGAGAGGUGGUCUGACAAAGCACCUGUGUGUAACCCCAUUGAAUGUCCCACCACCUGAAGAGAUCCCAAAUGCUCUAGUUGCAUGGACGAAAGGAAAUACUUUCAGAGACAUCAUGGAGUAUAACUGUAGCAAAGGCUACAGGUUAGAGGGGUAUCCUCAGAGAACAUGCUUAGAAAACACCUCAUGGACUGCACCCCAGUUUGAAUGCCACAGAAUACAGUGCCAAGAAAUAAUCUCCAUCCUGAACGGAAUUGUAAACGCAUCCUCAUUUGAGUAUGGAGCUGAAGUCAAGAUUUCAUGUGAGCAUGGAUUCAACUUGUCCGGAGAAGCAGUCUUAACCUGUGUAGGGGAAGGUUACUGGGACCAUCCCAUACCUGUCUGUGUAGAGAAAAGUUGUCCCGAACCAGUCAUCAUUGAAAAAUGGCCGAAUAGAAGGACAGGACGACAGUGGUGGGAAGUGAGAUCUAUUACUACUGUAAUGAGGGCUAUAGGCUUGUGGGGGGACCAAAUUCUGACAUGUCAGGAGGACAGCUCCUGGGAUUAUGACCCACCAUUAUGUGUUCUUCUUUCCUGCCCAUACCCAGAUAACAUCUCCAACGGCCAGCUGGUGAUCUCUAAAAACUCAACCAGUCUUGUGUUCAAUGACAUUGUCUUUUAUGAAUGUGAUGAAGGAUACAUAUUAGAGGGUGAGGAAUUGUUAACUUGUUUGCAAAGUGGAGAAUGGUCCUCGUCAACACCCUCAUGUUCCAAGGUCACCUGUCCUUUGCCAGAAGUUGUGGCGCAUGGGCAAUAUUUCGGCGCCAACUUUACGUAUGGGACCACAAUAGACUAUGUCUGUGAUGAAGGCUAUGAAUUAACAGGAUCUCCAGUGCGUCAUUGCUUGUCUGGAGGAACAUGGGACACCCCUUCUCCAAACUGUGAUCCCGUCAUAUGUCGGCAACCAGUCGAGAUCAGUAAUGGCAAUGUCACUGUGGACACAGUGUUUUAUGGAGGGAACAUGCUGAAUUUGUUACAAGGCAGCUUUGCUGUUGACACAUACAAUAUUGGAACAUUCAUUGAAUACAGCUGUGAAGAAGGAUUCGAGAUUUUGGGAAACGCUGUGUUGGAAUGUCUACCAAACAGAACAUGGAGUGGAGAUUUCCCCUACUGUGUCAGGAAGACAUGUUCUCCUCCAGAGGGCUUUGAGCAUUAUACAAAAACUUUCUUUGUCGGUGUGAUAGUAGAACACAACUGUAAUCCAGGGUUUGUCAUACAAGGUGAAAGAACUCGUACCUGCCUAAGCAAUGGUACAUGGACAGGCCAGGCACCAGAUUGUGUGAGAGUACAAUGCGCUUCUGUAAGUUCUAUUCCUUAUGGAAAAGUGAUUGGAGAACAGUUCAGUUAUGAGAGCUUCGUUUCAUUCAAGUGUGAUAAUGGAUACAGAUUACUAGGAGCUUCUACAAUAGAGUGCUUGGAAGAUGGACGAUGGAAUGAUUCAGUGCCAUCCUGUUUCAGAAUCCAGUGUCCGGCACCAAGGCAAAUACUGAACGGUGGAUACACAGGACAAACGUUUUAUGCAGGUGAUGAAGUUCGGUAUUAUUGUAACCCUGGCUUCAUUGUUUUGGGGUAUGAUGGAAGUGUGUGUCAAGAAGAUGGAACUUGGAGUUAUGAUGUUCCUUGGUGUGAACCCAUCAGCUGUGGUGACCCACCAAAAGUGGAGCAUGCCACUGUAGCGAAUCCGGCCUCGGCGGUAGGUGACAAAAGCUACUAUGUGUGUGAGGAAGGAUAUGACCUUGAUGGAAAUAAUGUUAUGGAAUGUGGACCAGAUGGUUCAUGGAUCGGCGUUCCUCCUGUGUGCAGAGAAGUUUCUUGUGGGCCUUUGCCAGUCAUCCUCCAUGCUACCACUGUAAUAACACGUCACACACUGGGGAGCAAAGCAGAGUUCAAGUGCAGUCUAGGCUACAGAGCAUCUGGAAAUUUGACGGCAGAGUGUCGAGCCAACAGAACCUGGGUCUUUGAUCAAGAUUUGGAAUGUGUUCCAGUAGACUGUGGGCCACCAUUUUCCAUACCUAAUGGAUUAGCACUUGUGAAUGACACAUCUUAUGGAGCUAAAGCAGAGUACCAGUGUCACAGGGGUUUUAAUCCUGUAGGUGGGUCAGCUGUUAUCUGUUCAGAGACAGGAAUAUGGGUGGGUACAGCACCUGUGUGUCAGAGAAUAGCCUGUGGGCCCGCUCCAGCGACUGAAACUAACAUCAGGGCCUUUGUAUCCUUGGAUGGGUUGCAAGUUACGUACACAUGCCCAGUCAAUAUGCGGCUGGUGGGAGCAUCGAUCAUUGUCUGUGGAGAAGAUGGAGUGUGGAGUGAUGUGCCGCCAAUAUGCAAGCCCGAAGGAUGCGGAGAACCACCCCCUGUUAAAGAUAAGCAUCUCCUGGUAGUCUCUCAGCCACACCUGGUUUUCUUAUCGUUGGUUCCACCAUCAAGUGCUUUUGACUGUCUUGUAUUUGCAGGAAUAUCUUGCAGAGAUAUAGUCGCUCCAGUUCAUGGCACAAUGACCAGCACAGGUCAGGAGGUUGGGCAGUCAGUACAUUUUACUUGUGACCUGGGAUACAUUUUGAUUGGUCAGGCUACUCUAAUCUGUCAAGGUGAUGGACAGUGGAAUGGACUGGAACCAGUCUGCCAAGCACCCCCUGGUUCCAUCAACAUUCAAUGUGGUGAUCUUCCUGAGAUACCUGGUGUGCUCACGGUGCCCCAGGGUUUUGGACAAGGAGAUAGUGUGACCUUGCAGUGUAAGGCUGGUUAUGUGGCUGUGGGCUCCCUCAAGGUCAUUUGUCUGAAUGACCAGAGCUGGAGCCAUCCGAGUGGACGUUGUGAGAGAGUUUACUGUGGUCAACCACCAAACAGUGAUGCAAAGAGCAUAAUGUUAAUGGGACGAUCCUAUUACUAUGGUGACCGCAUUGUGUACAUGUGUCGCCGUGGUCUACAGCCAGCCCAAUCCCCCUCCAUUCUGACAUGCCAGGAAGAUGGUACUUGGGAUAAACAAGCUGCUUGCAUAGCCCAAUGUAAAUUUCCAUGUUUAAAUGGGGGACGUUGCAUAGGGAACAACCGUUGCAAAUGCCUGAGUGGGUUUGGAGGACCGCGUUGUGAAACACCCAUUUGUAUACUACCAUGCUUGAAUGGAGGACGUUGCUUAGGACCUUACAAAUGCCAGUGUAAACCAGGUUAUACGGGCAGCAGGUGUCACAAAGCCGUGUGUAAUCCUGACUGUGGUGAAGGUGGACGUUGCAUCAGGCCAGGAAAAUGUUCCUGUCUGCCUGGAUUUCUACCUCCAAACUGUGAAGAGGAUAUAAGCCUACCACCUGGCCAAAUCAGCUAAGAUUAGAAGAUAAAAGUUCUCAGCUGUGUACAAAGAAUGGAUGCUUAACCUUACCAAACAUGGACUACACUAAUAAAGUCAACUGUCACCAGUAUUAAACCUGAUGCACGGAGUAGCUGAUGUGUUUUAUUUACGUGUAUAUGUUGUGAGCAAUAAUUAGUGAAAAAAAGAAAAAUCAGAGAGUAAUACAAUGUAAAAAAAAAAAACGUUUACUUACUCUACGUGUACAUGGACCCCUAUAAUUUUUUUAAAAUAUGGUGCAGUGUAUGUGUGAAUUCAUUACCCUGCUGAAACAGUGAAAUAAUGUUCAUGACUGUCAAGGGUAUAUAAUUGAGGAUAAUAUUUUUGUACUGAUCAUGAAAUCAUGGAUUCUUUUUACAUUUAAAGAAAGAGGUGGUGUCUA